AGAUAUCAGGCAAUCUAUGUCACAUAAAACCACAGGAUAUUCAGUGACUCCACCCCCAGUUAAAGAUAUCUGAUAAAAAGUAGAAGUUCGUUUGGUAGGUGAGUGGAAGCUUGUUGACGAGUUUCUCACAAGAGCCACCAUGUCAGGUGGGUUAAGUGUGGAAGAGUCUGAAAUUGAGAUUCUUGACAUCUAUGGAGAUGGAGGCGCUAAAGGGUUAAGUGAUGAUAAGGAAACUAAAAAAUUUGUUAAAGAAUUCAAAAAGUCUUCGUCAGAUGCUGCAGUAAAGAAGAUUAAAGAAAACUUUGAGACUCUGGAUCAUGUGACACUCAACAUAGGUGUCACUGGAAAUACAGGAGCAGGAAAGUCCUCCUUCGUGAACGCCAUACGGGGUCUGAGUAACGAUGAUGAGGGAGCAGCUGACACGGGAGUGACAGAGACCACAAUGGAGCCGACACCAUUCCCGCAUCCCACAAUGCCAAAUGUCACCAUUUGGGAUCUGCCAGGUAUUGGUACUCCCAAAUUUAAAGCAAAGACGUAUCUGUCUGAUGUCCAUUUUGAACGCUAUGACUUCUUCAUCAUCGUCACUUCAGAGAGAUUCAAAGAGAAUGACAUUAGCUUGGCCAAAGCGAUCAAGAAGAAGGGACGACUGUUUUAUUUCAUUCGCUCAAAGAUCGACAACGACAUCAAUGCAGAAAAAAACAGAAGAGACUUCAACAAGGAAAGGAUGUUAUCUAAGAUCAGAGAGGACUGUAAAAAGAACUUGAAUAGUGUUGGAAACCCAAAGGUUUUUCUGAUAUCCUCCUUUAAUUUCAACGAUUAUGAUUUCAACAACUUGAUUGACACCCUGGAGAGAGAACUCCCAGAAACAAAGAAACAUGCUCUUGUCCUUUCUCUACCAGUCUACUCCUUAGAGGUAUUGCAGAGGAAGAAGAGGCACCUACAGAAGAUGAUCUGGCUCACAGCCUUUGGCUCUGGUGCAAUAGCUGUGGUUCCUGUCCCAGGUCUUACACUGGCAUGUGAUUAUGGAAUGAUCUUGUCAUUUCUAGAAAGUGUUUUCAGAUCUUUUGGGCUUGAGGAUAGCUCUUUGCAGAGGCUUGCAACAAGAGUGCAACUGAACACGAUGGACUUAAAAGCUGAAAUUAAAUCAAGGUUUAAUGAUGGAGUCACACAUGCUGCGGUGAGGUCUUUGCUCGCAACGCCUUCAAUGGCCACCAUCAUGACUCUCAAAGGGCUCAUGAGCGGCGCAGUCCCCCUCGGACAGCUACCAGCUGGAGCCAUGUCUGUGCCCAUCAUGCACUAUCUGCUCAACAAAGGCCUCAAGGAAAUGGAAAAUGACGGCAAAUCUGUGCUGGAAAAAGCACAACUGCACUAAGUGGAGAUUCCAUAACUGAGAUUCAGGGGGAUCCCAUGGGUAUGUAAUUGAGGUUACAUUGUAAUAAAUGCAUCCAAGCAAAAGGGCACUGGAAGAAUUUGUGUUGUGGACUGGAAUAGGUUUGACAUUAUCUCUGAAGAUCAAAUUUUUUACAAGUGAACGUGUGGUCAUAAACACUCAAAUACUGCAUUUGCAUCAGUUUCUUCUGGGACACAAGGAUAUAUACUACAGUAGGUACAAUAAAGAUGAAUAACAAUGUCUGUUUUCUCCUCACACUUAACAUGGUAGGAUCAAUCAUACUAAAUAUUGUGCAUUUCUGUUAGACUCAUUAUAUGCAUUUUGUUACAUCCAAAGUCAUAUUUGUUUGUUUGUUUAUUACCUUAAUUGUUACACUUUACAUUCAUGGAUGUAUUGUCCAUUUGAUUUGUCUAACCAACUUUUAUGUUUAUGGUUUAUAGACUUUA